UGUGUGUGUGUGUGUGUGGUAGGUAGUACACACAGACUACCUCAGGUAUGUGUUGCUCGCUGGAAGUGAAGGCGUGGAGAACGUAAAGUUUACAUCUGUCAAAUACCGAUUUCAGUUUUACUUGUUCCCGAACUACCAUUCAAACUUGCAGUGAUGGCAGAGGCUCAUCAGGCAGUAGCGUUUCAGUUCACCAUCACUCCUGAGGGGAUUGACCUACAUCUGUCCUAUCAGGCCCUCAAUCAAAUCUACCUCUCUGGACUGAGAUCCUGGAAGAAACGCAUCAGUAGGAUUAAGAACGGAGUCAUUAAAGGUGUAUACCCGGCGAGCCCCUCCUCUUGGCUUUUUGUUGUUAUAGCAAUCCUGGCCACUAUGUACAUGCAGUCUGAUCCAUCCAUGGGCCUCAUUGCUAAGAUUCGGGAACACCUCCCCCCUAGUCUGUCAUUGAGUGCUCAGGGUCAGAAGGUCCUGUCAGUGCUGCUGUUCAGUACUCUGCUCUGGAUGUCUCUCAUUCUGGCUCUGAGGUUCUGCCUAAAGCUUCUCCUGUCAUACCACCGAUGGAUGUUUGAGCUGCACGGACGUAUUUCUACCAAGACCAAAGUCUGGGCGACCCUAGUUAGGUUGCUGUCCAGUAGAAAGCCAUUACUCUACAGCUAUCAGACUUCUUUGCCACACCUGCCUGUACCUUCCAUUAAAGACACACUGGAAAGAUAUCUUGAGUCAGUGAAGCCACUGCUAGAUGAGGCUGGUUUUCAGCGAAUGACAAGACUGGCUGCUGGGUUUGAGAAAAGUCUGGGUAACCGCCUACAAAAAUACCUCAAACUUAAAGCACUGUGGGCAACAAACUAUGUUAGUGACUGGUGGGAAGAGUAUGUUUAUCUCCGGAGCCGGAGUCCCAUUAUGGUCAAUAGUAACUAUUAUGGCAUGGAUUUUCUGUAUGUGACACCCACGGCUAAUCAGGCAGCUCGAGCAGGAAAUACUAUCACAGCGCUGUUUCUAUACCGCCGCAAAGUCAACCGAGAGGAGCUCAAUCCUAGUCGUAUUCCUGGUACAGUCAUACCGCUGUGUGCAGCUCAGUGUGAACGCAUGUUCAACACCACACGCACGCCUGGAGAGGAGACAGGUACACACACACACACACUCAUAGAGAAACAAAUACACAUAAAAAGUGAUCUUAUGUCAUUGAUAUGGUCUUGUGAUCUCUCAGAUGUGCUGCAACAUUGGCAGGACAGUGAGUUUGUCGCAGUGUACCACAGGGGCCGGUAUUUCAGGUUAUGGGUUUACCGAGCAGGACGUCUGCUGUCACCCAGAGAGAUCCAGUAUCAGAUUCAAAGGAUCUUGGAUGACACUUCACUUCCUUCUCCAGGAGAGGAAAAACUAGGGGCACUGACAGCAGGAAACAGGACACCUUGGGCUCAAGUGAGAAAGCAGUUCUUCAGCUCUGGAGUUAACAAGCGGUCACUGGACUGCAUUGAGAAAGCGGCCUUCUUUGUCACGCUAGAUGAUCAGGAAGAAGGCAUGAUGGGGGAAAAUCCCUCCGUGAACUUGGACCGCUAUGCAAAAUCCCUCCUUCACGGAAAAUGCUAUGACAGAUGGUUUGAUAAGUCAUUUUCCGUCGUGGUGUAUAAGAAUGGAAAGAAUGGGUUGAAUGCAGAACAUUCUUGGGCCGAUGCUCCUAUAGUGGCCCAUCUGUGGGAGUUCACUCUGGCCACAGACACAUUUCAUUUGGGUUACACCGCAGAUGGAAACUGCAGGGGAGAGAUUGAGCACUCCUUACCACCACCUCAACGGUUGAGCUGGAACAUACCGCUGCAGGUUCAGACGCAGGUGUCCGAGUCUCUUGCUGUUGCGCAGGCACUUGCUGAUGAUGUGGACUCUCACGUGUUUCCCUUCAGAGAGUUUGGAAAAGGCCGCAUUAAGAAAAUGAAAAUGAGCCCAGAUUCCUUCGUGCAGCUGGCCUUGCAGCUGGCCUACUACAGGGAUAGAGGGACUUUCUGUCUGACUUAUGAAGCCUCCAUGACUCGUCUGUUUCGCGAGGGUCGCACCGAGACCGUACGAUCCUGUUCCAAUGAAAGCUGUGAAUUUGUGCUUGCACUGGAAGCAGGAGAGGACAGAGAACAUUGCCGCAAGCUAUUCCGAAAGGCUGCUGAGAAGCAUCAGAACCUUUACCGCCUGGCCAUGACUGGAUCUGGCAUUGACAGGCACCUCUUUUGCCUAUAUGUGGUCUCAAAAUACCUGGGGGUAGAGUCUCCUUUCCUUAAAGAGGUGUUGUCAGAGCCCUGGCGUCUCUCCACUUCUCAGACCCCCGUGCAACAGAUGGAGCUUUUUGAUUUGGUCAACCAUCCUGAGUACAUCUCGUUGGGAGGCGGCUUUGGUCCGGUGGCUGAUGAUGGCUAUGGUGUAUCGUACAUCAUUAUGGGCGAGGAAAUGAUUAACUUCCAUGUUUCCUCCAAGCACUCCUGCACAGAGACUGACUCUCAUAAGUUUGGGUCUCAGAUCAGUCAAGCCAUGAUGGAUCUUAUGACUCUGCUGAACCCAGACUUCAAGGAAGCCUCAAAAGCCAACCCUGACAAACAGUUAUAAAUCCUGCUGUGUGUUUGUUUGAAGACAGGUUCAUAUUUAUAUUAUUAUCUGUGCAGUUUCUAUUUUAUUCUCAUAUGUUUGUUGGGUUUAAGUUUGUGAUAUAGUGGAUCUAUCUGUAUCAAUGCUGAAAAUAACUGGUAGGGUUUCUUGUUUUGCCAAUUGCCGCUGCACCUGUUUUACUGAAUACCAGUCAUAAAUCACUACAGUUGGUGUGCUGCUGAAGAAUAACAUCUGUCUGUCUGAUUGACAGCUCUUUAAACUGAAAAAUGUCAGGCUACUCAACUACCAUGUGUGUUUAAGUUUACUGAAAUCUGUAAAUGUCUUUAAGGGGUAUGGUUAUGAAACAAGACUGUGGUUGAACAAAUUUGAAAAACUUCAGCUUUAAUAAUAAUAUGUUAUUUCUGGUACUUCGGAUAAAAAAUGUUUUUCUGUUGCUCCCAUUAAAAUCCAUGAAAAAUGCAAAAAAAUUUAUUAUUAGGGUAUGGGACAUCUUUCUUAUCUACACAUAAAAAUAUUAAGAGUAGGAAUAUCUACCCUUAAUGUACUGCUGUCAACCUUUUAGAGGUAAACAAGUUGUUCCUUUAAGAAUACUGCUCCAGUAACAAGCUGUUGUACCCUCAAUGAAAAAUUUUUCACCUUUUUUUCUGAUAGUGUUAUACCCCUUGCUUGCAGUGCCAUUUGCAAUGUGUGUUGUGCUUUGCCCUUUAUUUUGUAAAUGAAUUUGUAAAGGAGAUUAUUUUGCAGGCAAGGAGGAUCCUUCCUCCAUGAUGGAUGAUUGGAAGCUGUUAAUUGUCAGAUAUCACUAAAAUGACUUUAAAUGAUUUAACUUCUCUGUUACCAAAGAGGUCUACAGUACCGGGAAAAAGCUAACCUUUUGCAUUCCCAUUCCUAUCACUGUCUUUUGCUUGCCUGACUCAGGGUUCUCUGAAAUUGUGUAGGGCCAAGCUAACCUGAUAAUCCUUGAAACAGAAAAAUGUGUCAACAUUUCUUGUACAGGCAUGAACUGAACAAAUUCACCGGUUCAGGAAUGACACCACAAGCUCCAUGAAUCUCUUUGCAGAUUUUAAAUGGACCAACUUCCAUAAAGACUCUGAUGAACUCUCUUGAAGCCUUGUUUACAAAUGAGUAUUGACGGGUCUGCUUGCUUAGACAGCUGAUGUUAAUACAGCACCGUUUUAGUAAUGCAUUAGAUGUUCUUUAAAUGAUUUGGCUUUCGUUUUUUUUAAUGCAAUAAAAAUAAAUUAUGAGAUUUAAUGUGCCACUUCUGAUACUUAAAAUAAUUUUACAGAUGCAGAAACAGUACCAAAAUGUUCUUGUAUUGUUAUAUUCAAUUAUGCUGUAAUUUGUAUUCAUUUAUAUUUGUUUUGCUUCAGUUGGACUCUUAAAUGAUCAUCUCA